AAUCAAUCAUUCAUUCAGUUCACCAAGUAUGUUGUACAUAUACAAGGACAUUGACUUGGUGAGAGCACACAUGUAAGAUGUAACAAGACCACUGAAAGUUGACAAGAAAUACACUAAGAGGAGUUUAACAUCUAUACACAAAGUAUAAUUUACAGGAAUUUACAGAUGAUCAGCAAUGUGAGCAUCUACACAUAGUGCAAAUAAACAUUUGUCAGAUCAGCAAUAUGUACAUAUUUUUCAACAGCUGUGUGGAAUUAUUGAAGUUUGUUAACAUUGUGGAAUAAGUUCUAACUAGAAUGACAGGUGUCUGCUGUGGUUGAGGAGUACUUCAGAUGUAGGGCAGAAGCUGUUAGCACGCCGAGUUGUUCUUCUGCCAGAGGGAAGUGUCUGGAAGAGGUCACGUCCAGGAUGUGAGGGGUCAGUUGUGAUUUAGCCAGCUCACUUCCUCACCCUGCUGGUGUGGAUCUCCUGAAGGGUUGGCAGAUUACWUCCAAUGAUCCUUUCUGCAGUUCUGAUGAGYUGCUGGAGUUCGGCUCAUUCUUGGGAGGUUGAGGAACCAAACCAGAUGGCCAUAGAUGAUGUGAGGAUGGAUUCAAUGAUCGCUGUGUUGAAAUGGAUCAUCGGGGUCUGUGGCAGAUUGGAUUUGUUCACCAGCAGAACACUCUUUGCUGCUUCAUUGGAGAUGGAGACUGUAUUUCUCUUCUCCCCUACUUCCGGUCUCUGGAGCUUGAGGGACUCCACAGCAGAAAGUGCAGAGUCGUUGAUGUAAAGGGGGUGAGGGGGUUGAAAUCCACCACUAUCUCUACAUUCUUUUCUGUGUUUAGCAGAAGGUGGUUGUUGCUUCAUCAGGACGCCCGCUGUUUGACUUCCUUCCUGUAGGCAGUUAGUUGUAAGGCCCAAUUCAAGAUGACUGCCGCAGCUGAACAUAGAAAACACAAAAAGAAAAUGGCUACAACUCAGUUUGUUGAGCUAAAAUUUGAUGUGGUGGUAACUGCGCCCAUUCACAUUUUUUCCCCUUUUCUUUAUAUAUAUAUGUUUUGUCAGGUGAAUGCCGUGAUGCCAUUUGGAUGCCUUGCCCUGCGAGAUGGGCGGACCUUUAGCAGCAUAUCUGAUGUCACAGACAAAUAUGAGUUUGGACAAGUCCUUCGAGCGAAGGAGUUCUGCGAGCUGUGCCUGGCAAAGGACAGACAAACAGAAAAGGUGUUUGUCUGCAAGAAAUUCCUCAAGAAAGACGGCAGGAAAGUCCGCAAAGCUGCCAAGAACGAAAUCAUGAUCUUGAAGCUGGUCAAUCACCCAAACAUCCUCCAGCUGAUAGAUACAUUUGAGACCCGGAAAGAAUACUUCAUCAUCCAAGAACUUGCCACAGGGGGAGAYGUAUUCGACUGGAUUCUGGACCAAGGGAACUACACGGAGAGAGACGCCUCCAAUGUUAUCAAGCAAGUUCUUGAGGCCGUGGCGUACUUACACUCCCUCAACAUUGUUCACAGGAACCUCAAGCUUGAAAACCUGAUGUACUACACAGAAAACAAUCAUAACAGAGUCGUUCUGCGAGACUUUUACCUUUCCAGGUUUGAGAACGGACCAAUCACAGAGCCCUGUGGAACGCCUGAAUAUUUAGCUCCAGAAGUAGUGGCGCGACACCGAUACGGUCGUCCUGUGGACUGCUGGGCUGUGGGUGUGAUCAUGUUCAUACUCUUAUCGGGUAAUCCUCCUUUUUAUGAUGAAACUGAAGAAGAAAACACAGAUCUACAUAAUCGCAUCAUCUUCUGUCGCAUUGUUGCUGGGGACUUCGAGUUUGACUCUCCUUACUGGGAUGAUAUUUCACCUGCAGCUAAGGAGCUUGUGUGUCGACUCAUGGAAGUGGACCAGAUGCUGAGAGUCACAGCACAAGAUGCACUUCGACAUGAAUGGAUUGCAGGAAAUGGCGCGUCGGAGAAGAACUUAAAGGAUGGUGUGUGCGCCCAGUUUGAGAAGAACUUUGCGAAAGCCAAAUGGCGGGAGUUGAAGAAAGCAAUCCGUGUUACCACCUUCAUGCAACGACUGAAGAAUUCGGAGGCACAGAAUGACAAUUCAGUUGACGUUCAGGGCACCGAAGGGGGCAUUUCACAGGGAACGAGUGAUGAGGGUGAGAAAGGAACAACUGAUGAGGGGGUCACAUCAAGCAGCGUGUCUUUAGAGGUUACUGUUGAAAGUACACAAAUCGGUAUUCACCGGGAUGAAAGCGCCAUUCAGAUAGAGGAAAUACCAGAGGACGUAAGCAAGGCUACAGGCCCAUCUGUAGGAGUUUCCCCGUCAGAUAUCCAGAACCCUCUCAACCAAUCAAAUUCACCCCCUAAACCUGCACAAGAGGAGCUCAAUAAGUCAAGUGUAAAAAAGGGAGCAGGAGAUGGAACCAGAAAGAUUGCUGCCAAUUUAGGUCAGAAUAAAGUCAUACCAGAGGCCAAAUGUACCCCUGACGUGACCCCUGAACACUCCAAGCUGUUAGAAAGCUCUCAGUGUGCAGAUGUAGAUAAAAAAUACACAGCCGCUUCUCCUGAGCCCAAAAGCAAACAGAAGAUGACUGCAGCACUCCACAGUCCUUCCCCUGCAUCUUCUGUCAUCGCAUCAUCCUCACCAGAGAAGAGACGAGCCACCCAAAGCCUACAAAAGGACGAAACCAAUGGAAGUUGGUGUCAGACGCAAGUGCCUGAAGCUGUGGCAGAAAGGUCGGUGGGAGGGCCAGUUACUUCAGCCGUUGGGCAGGGGACGGGGGUGGACACAGGAAUGGGAGUUAGGUUAAGAGGCGAUGCUAGUCCUGUAGGUAGAAGAGACAGGAAUGUCAAAAGAACAGACAGACACAGUGCUGAAAUAAGCAUGUCAAGAACAUCUACUGCACCGGGGUCAGGUUGUUAUUCAGCAGGCAGCUCUGCUAGUUUGGGUCGUCACGCCACACCAUACAACCCGGAAGCUGUGGCUGUGGGGAUGGGGAUGGCAGGGAGCUAUGGGAACCCUUAUAGUUCUUUGUACACAAGUGGAGGAGGGGUAGGGGUGUAUGGGACUGGUCUACAUCAUGGAAGUGGGAGCAGUGCUGCAAGCGACUGGCAAAUGGACAGUGUGAUUGAGCAGAUUGAAAAGCAAAUGGUGGCCGUGCUCGAGAAGAUUGAGGGAGACAUGCCGUCGCUGCUCGAGCAAAUAAGUGACUGUCCCGCUGAACCUGUGCGUGCCAGAAGCGCACACGCCUCCCCAGCCACCUCUCGCUCGCGUCCAGCUCAACACUCCUCUACGUCGUCGACGCCUCCUCCGCUGCCCACUUCUCCGAGGCCUGUGCUGCCAACUCUCCCUCACCUUGGCAUCCCUCCUCCGUCCUAUCCUCCACCGUCUCCCCCCUCACAAGCCUCGCCUCAGACCUUCAGAGAGAGGGAAGACAAAGAUGGACAGAGUGCUGCUGCUAAUUCAGGCCAGUCACCAAAAGCUGGAAUGGGCAUGGGGUUAUAAGGUUGGUUUGCAUGAUGCAGUACACAAAUGCAAAACACAUAAAACACUGGAUUUAUGAUUUAAAAGUGAGGGUUUAAUGACUCUAUCUUACUGACGUGUACUUUAUUUGAUACCCCAAAGGAAAAAAUAACUAUACACUGUUGUUUAACUUGAGUCUGAUUUCAUAUCAAAUGACUGUUUGAAAACUGGAGACAAAAAAAUUUGAAUAUCAUCUUGGAGUGACAGCAGCAGAUCUAAACCUUCUGUCAAAUCCAGAUUUUUGUUCCUCAACACUAACCACCCAAUCAAUUCAUUAUGGCAUUUCCAAGCACUGCAAAGAAUCAGAAAGUUAUGGUAAUAUCAGCUAAUCACAAGUGUUAACAAAUGAAAAUAGAUUAAUUUACAAUAUUGCCUAUAAACUGUAAAUACAUACAAAAAGCUAGUUUCCUAAUAAAUAUUUUGUUCCCAAGAUGUUCUUCAAGUUUCAAUCAUCUGUUUGUAAGCAGCUUAUCCCAGUUCAGUAAUUUUCAUUUCCCUUAUGUAGCUGUUCAUUUUGUUUCUAGGGAGCAGAGUCACACAGUUGUCUAGUGAAAUAGAACAGAGCAUUUACACAGGCUGCUGGAAAAGUGUUUCAUGUGACUUAGAUACUUUUGAACUGCCACUCAAAGUUUUGUGAAAUCCUUUGCAACUGCUGAAAAUCUGGAGAAAACUGUUUAAAUGCAAGAUGUUAUAAAGGCUUUUAAAUAACACACAUUGUUUAUUAU